ACAGAUUCCGAAAAUACAGUCUCGCCGGGGAUCCAUUUAUUCUCUCUCUCUCUCUCUCGCUCGCUCGCGUAAUCGCGUUUGCAUUGCCGGUUGCAGGCAUGAAUUGGGCAACAAGACCAGCGCUGUUAAACUCUCAGGCCAACCCUUUUAACCUCAGGGCCAUCUCUCUCUUCCAUUCCACUCCCGUCUUGGAUCGCAAAAGACGCACCCAUUGGGAUUCUGGCGGAGGUGCUUACAAAAAUACAUCUAGGAGAUUCGAUACCUACUCAAAAAGGUUCAGAAAGCUGCAAUCAAAACAAACAUUGUUGCGCAAUGUCGGAGCUUUUGCAGAGCACCUAUUUCAGAGCUGGCGGAAUGGUUUCGAAGAAUCUGAUUCAUUUUCAAGUGAAGACAGCUCAUGGUCUAGACGUGAAUUUGGGGCCAAGGAUUCCAAAAGGGGCUCUACCAGCACCAAAGGAUCCUAUUCAAAUAGUAGAAGUUCAUUCCACUUCUGCGAUGAUGAUAAUGAUUACGAGACCAUUUUUUUCCGAUCUGCAUUUGGUGGAAACCGAUUUGGUGGAAACCGAUCUUUCUAUUGGUCCUUUAUUGAAGAAGACUUUCCCAAUCCCAAUCGAUGGCAGAGCUCUUCAGGGCACCAAAAUAAUUACAGGACCUCUUGGAACUGGAGGCACGGGGAAGACGAGUAUUAUGACUCGUCAACGGAAUCUGACAGUUCAGAGACAGAUUUGGUAUCAUAUCGACUGGUCCUGGGGUUGAGUCCUUCGGGUCCAUUGAAGCUAGAUGAUGUUAAAAAUGCGUAUCGAACAUGUGCACUGAAAUGGCAUCCAGAUCGUCACCAAGGCUCUUCCAAGGCGGUUGCGGAGGAAAAGUUCAAGGCUUGUAGUGCAGCGUAUGAGUCUUUAUGUGACAAGAUGGCUUUAAAUUAACAAUCAUCCAUUUAUAUUGCGUUUGGAUCGCGGAUUUUUGAAGACCAUAUAUCAAGGGAACAAGGAAAAGGUUAUGGAAGUAGACAAAGCUGAGUGAAGAAACUACAUUUAUUUAUGGUUCAUCUAUCAUUUUGGUUUUCCCCAUGGCUCAGAAGCGAGUGAUGCUUCACAUAUGAAACACUUAUAGAAAACUGAAGAAUAGCAUGAUGAUGGUACGGCUCCUGAUUUCACAUUAGCGCGUUGUCAUUUGUCACAUCAUUCUGGAUAGUAUUUUGUGCAACUUUUGCAGAAGGAUUUUUUUCUUUUUCUUUUUAAGUGAUAGCAAAGUGUAUAAUGUACUACAUUGUUCUACGAGGUUUAUGUGUAAUAUGCCUUGCAUUCGUUGAUCA